GGAGGGUGGAAAGGAUGAAGAGGGAGGCUGGGUGCACCUGCUGCCCCGCGCUUCGCUGCAGUGAGAGUCGGACUAGAACACACGGUUACGAGAGGAACACCUGCCUUUAACGCUGCCGAACAGAACAUCCGGCAACGAUGCCCCGUCUGUGGGGCGGAGGCGGCGGAAGCACCGGCACCCUUUUCUCGGCGUGCCUCUUCUCCGUGUGUCAAGCCCUGCGGAGCUGCGGGGAGGUCCAUUGCGCCGAUGGCCAACAGUGCUGCCCGCCCAUUGUCAUCGGGAACGGGAGCAAUAACGGUGGCGGCGGUGGAGGAGGUUCGACGGUUCGCUGCUGCAAGCUCCCGAUCCACGUCUUCUUCGACAACGUGGGUUGGUUCACGCGGAAGUUGUCCGGCAUCCUCAUCCUGUUGCUGCUCUUCGCUAUGGGCUACUUCAUCCAGCGGAUCGUGUGCCCGCGACCGCGCCGACACCCGCACGAGGAGCGCGGGGAGGAGCCCUCGCUUUUCCACGGCCACACGUCCGCCUCCCAGGACUCCCUGCUGGACCGCUAUCCCGAGUGCAAUCCGGUUGACUUUGCCUCACCCAACCUGCCAACCUACGACGAGGUCAAAUAUUUGCCCACGUACGAGGAGAGCAUGCAAGAGAUGCAUCGGGACCGCUCCGACGACAACUUGCUGGCCGAAAACGAGACGAGCGGUCCGGGCAGAUGCAGGGCGGCCGGGACGGGGGCUGGAGACCUCAGACUGGAUGUCCUGGACGGCUCGGGAGGGCAACAGCCCAGCCCAAGGACAUCUCGAAACUCUGUCUAAUGGAAACCACACUCAUUGAGACAAUAUCCUGUUAGUUUUCUUAUAAUUUUACUCUUAAGUGCAAUUUCAACACCGAAUGUUGACAAUAAAAUACACUAGAAUCGCCUAUUGUUUUUAGACGAGAACCUGAGUUAUGUAAUUAAAUGACAUGAGGAUUAAUCUGUAUCGAAGACAACCACAAGUUGUGCAGCAGUCCAGCAUCAUAUUUAUGAGUCCUUAUGCUGCGGCCCUUUUAAGUACCAAAUUGUAUUUAAAAGAACGCCCCGCUCAGGAAUGGAUCAACUUCGAUUUCACUUAAAACUGACAUCUGCCAACACAAACUUUUAAAAGUCUCUUGUGUCUUAUCCAGGAAGACAGAAAGAGGAGGAGGGCCAGGCACCAUCAUUCAUUCUGCAGGCAUUGCUGCCUAAUGAAAUAUGAGGUGACCUUUUUGCAACAAUCCAAAAACCGCUCUUGACAUCACAUACAUCACAGCUCCAAGAUUAAUGUCCUGUUUAUGUGGAUUAAAAAAGCAGGAGAAUGUCAUUUACUUAAAGUGAGUCGUGCAUAGAAAAACAACUUAUUUCUCCUUCAAGAACAUUUCCCAAUUAGAGAGACCAGACGGGUUUCUUUUUCGAAGCCGUGCAGCGCAGUGUGUGAUUGCAGUGCCUCAUGUAAUCCAACACUGGCUGACCAUGACUGAUGGCCUUGCUCUGCCAGAGAGAAAUCUGUGGGUGGAUGGGGUUAGCACUUAGAUGCACAAAUCCAUGUUUAGAACCCACUUAAGAGCCAGAUGAUAGGGGAGUGACCCCCGCAAAAGUGGCGGUCAUUUUACGAGGCGUAAAGAGCUACAAAUGCUUAGCGACUGUCUCGCAUUCAGGACGAUGUGAGGGCUCUCAAGUCGUCAAAUGAAAUUUUAACUAAGGGUCAUAUAAAACUGACAUCUCCCCCCUGGCAGAACAAGGGCAGAGUUAUGAGUCUUUUUUCCCCUUAGAUAAAUGUGUAAUAUGGAGACAAAAUAAAAAAAGAAAAUUCUUUAAACACAAAAAUUCAGUGGGGAAUAUCAUGUAGUUCCUUCAAACCAGUUAUGAAUGAGGGUAAUAUUAACUUCAAUACACUACUGAAGUUAAAUGUUCAUGACAUCUUUAAAUUUGUUUCUUCAAAUGCAAUUCAGCUAAAAGUGAAAGUAUGCAUUUUAACAAGUUAAAACAAUUGAAAUGUCUUAAAAGGAUUAUUAUUGAUAAGUUACAACAAAAUAUGGGAAGGAAAUACAAGAAUGUGACAACUUAAAGAAGGACUAUCAGUUUUAUUCAUUCAUCCUUGUUUUUUUGUUUUGCAGAAUGCAUCAUUUUUUAAACAAACUGUAAAAACAUACUACAUAUAAACAAAUCACAACUUCACAAGCAUUACUUACAGACUACAAAGGCUGUCCAAUAUCGUUAGUGAAUCUGAAAUAUUUGACAUGUUAUGAGAGGAAGGCCACAAUGGUGUUUUUGCUGUGGAAAUGUUUCAAAUGUCUACUUUCCGGGGCACUGUAUAACAUGUAAAAUCAAUUCAAAAUGAUGCUGAAAAACCAUAAUUGUUCCCAUUCAUAUCAAGUUUUCUUGAAUACCUUAACAAUAGAUAGUGUUUGGGCCAUCUUGUAUUAGGCAUUAUUAAAAAAGAAUGGGGUUCUUGCUUUUAUUAGAUUGACUGUGGAGCAGGUGCCUAAAGAUGCACGCGAGGGAAUCUGAAGAGUCCUAUUCACAUUAACGCCGCUGGGCCAGGACAUUCCUGACAGACACGUUAGCAGCUUUCUCUCUCUCUUUGGACAACUCCAUUUCGAUCUUGGCUUGGAUUUUUUCCCAAUCCACCUCUACCUGAAAGAAAUACAGACAGAAACAUCAUGAAAAGCCCAUUUCCUGAGUUAUAUGGACAGUAUGGAACUGAUUAAGGCCAGUGUUUGAUCAGAUUGGAUGUGUAAAUUGUGGGUGAAAAACUUGUAAACAAUGGUAGACUGUUAGAAAAACACCACAUUUAAACUGCAAGUAAUUGCUGCCCAAAUCAAUUAAUACAAGCCUGUUUAGCUUACCCCUUUAGCGUACUGCAGGAACCUCUUAUUGGUCUCCUUCCUGUUAAAUGUCUGCAGGAACUUCUCCCUAUAGGCGAGCACAGUGUCUACGUGGGUCUUGUGCUUGACUGCCAGCUCAAGCGCCCUGAAAAUAAAAUAAUUCUGUCCACAUUGGAUGCUCAACAAGUCACAUGCAUUCAGUUACUCACACACACACACAUA